AUGUCGUCGAGCCUUAAUAUCAACCAGGGAGCUGACCUGACGGCACCGACGCCCCAAAAUACGCCGUUGAACCAGGCCCCAAUUUCCCUGGGGCUCUCAAGACCCACAGUUCCUGAUAUCUCUGAAGAUAACGAGCAGGAAGACAUUGGCGAGGGAAGACUCGCAGAACUCGUUGGAAGGAGCUCUGGCUACAUCGAGAGCCUGCCCGUCGAGAUCAAGCUCAAUGUCGAGGCUCUCAAAGGCGUCCAGGAGCAACAAAACGAGCUCGUCCAACAGUACAAGCUCGAAUGCCUUGAGCUCGAGAAGAAGUACCUCAAUCUUACCAAGCCUCUAUAUGAGCGAAGAAAAGCCAUCAUCAAUGGCACGGCGACAGCCACCAAGGAAGAGAUCGAGGCUGGCGAGAAGGUCUCUGCUGAGGACAUCGAGGAAUACGAGCCUCUGCCCAAGGAUGCUACCCCAUCCACCGACGGGAUCCCCGAAUUCUGGCUCACCGCUUUGCGCAACCACAUUGGCCUCAACGAACUGAUCACCGAUCGCGAUGCCGACGCCCUGAAGCAUCUCACCGAUAUCCAGCUCGAGUACACCGCAGACGGCAAGCCUGGCUUCAAACUCCUCUUCCACUUCACCCCCAACGACUACUUUGAGAACGAUGUUCUCGAGAAGACCUACUACUACCAGGAGAAGGUCGGAUAUGGUGGUGACUUUGUCUACGAUCGUGCCAUCGGUACCGAUAUCAAGUGGAAGGAGGACAAAGAUCUCACCAAGGAGUUUGAGAUCAAGAAGCAGCGCAACAAGACCACCAACCGCACUCGUCUUGUCCGCAAGGCCAAGCCUGCUGACUCAUUCUUCAACUUCUUCUACCCUCCCGUUCCACCCAGCCCAGAGGCUAUCGAGGAGGGUGAGAUUGAUGAGGACGAGCUCGACGAGAUUGAGGAGAAGCUUGAAAUCGACUACCAGAUCGGCGAGGAUCUGAAGGAGAAGAUCGUUCCACGAGCCAUCGACUACUUCACUGGCAAGGCCAUCGAGUACGACUUUGAGGACGACGAUGACUACGACCUCGGUGAUGAGGACGACGACGAUGAUGAUGAUGACGAUGACGAGGGCUCGGAUUCUGACGCCCCAAGACCCGCCAAGAAGGGUGGAAACAAGGUCGACCCCGAGGAAUGCAAGCAACAGUAA